UACCGGCCCCAGCUUUGAGUCCCCUGGGGAGAGGGAGUCGACGGACGCCGGCUCGUCCCCGGCCGGGGCGCUUCCGGACCCAACUUUGAUUCUCCUGGGGGAGCAGGAUACACCUGUCCCAGCCCCAAGUCGGGGUCAAUACCGAGAUUGUGUUCUUCCUCCCUCCGCGGUGGCGUGAGAUGGAGAGAAAGAAGUAAACAAACAUUCAUAAUCCGGUUUAUCCGCGGCGACUCUGGGCCUUCUCCCUCCCCCAGCCUGGCUGCCCAUCUGGGUCCUCGGGCCUGCCACUCUCACCCUCUCCUUGCCCUGGAGCCCUCUGCCAACCCAGCCUGAAAGGGGUCAGUGCCACAGUACCAGAGUCUAGAUCUGAGAAAGUGCUUUUGUGAAGCAAGAGGCUUUUCCUUCUGUGUUCCAUGUUGAACGAUUCCCAGAGUCUUAAAAUGUCAGGGAAACGCAAGCGUGUGGUGUUGACCAUUAAGGAUAAGCUUGACAUAAUAAAGAAACUUGAAGAAGGCAGCUCCUCCAAACAGCUCUCAGUGAUUUAUGGGAUUGGUGAAACGACAGUUAGGGAUAUAAGGAAGAAUAAAGAAAAAAUUAUAACUUAUGCUAGUAGUUCUGAUUCAACAAGUCUCUUGGCCAAGAGAAAGUCGAUGAAACCAUCCAUGUAUGAAGAACUGGACAGAGCUAUGCUGGAAUGGUUUAACCAGCAAAGAGCAAAGGGGAAUCCUGUAUCUGGACCGAUUUGUGCAAAAAGAGCAGAGUUUUUCUUCUAUGCCUUAGGAAUGGAUGGAGAUUUUAAUCCUUCGGCUGGUUGGCUAACUCGUUUUAAGCAGAGACAUAGCAUUCGUGAGAUUAACAUCAGAGGAGAAAAGUUAAAUGGAGAUGAAACUGCUGUGGAUGAAUUUUGUAGCAACUUUCAGGAAUUUGUUCAGAGGGAGAAUUUACAGCCUGAGCAAAUUUAUAAUGCUGAUGAAACUGGAUUGUUUUGGAAGUGCCUACCAACAAGGACUUCAGCUGUCAAGGGUAAAUUCACUCCUUCUGGGUGCAAGUUAAUUGAAGAAAGAGUCACUGUCAUGUGCUGUGCCAAUGCGACAGGUUUACACAAACUUAAACUUUGUGUAGUGGGAAAAGCAAAAAAACCACGUUCAUUUAAAGGUACUGACACUUCAAACCUGCCAGUCUCCUAUUUCAGUCAGAAAGGUGCAUGGAUGGACCUUUCUAUUUUCAGACAGUGGUUUGACAAGAUCUUUGUGCCACAAGUUCGAGAGUACUUAAGAUCCAAAGGCCUUCAGGAAAAGGCAGUGCUGUUAUUGGAUAAUUCACCAACACAUCCAAAUGAAAAUGUCCUAAGGUCAGAUGAUGGCCAGAUAUUUGUAAAAUAUCUGCCACCUAAUGUAGCUUCAUUGAUUCAACCUAUGGAUCAGGGUGUCAUAGCUGUAAUGAAGAGAUACUAUAGAGCAGGACUUCUCCAAAACAACUUAGAGGAGGGUAAUGAUCUGAAAAUGUUUUGGAAGAAACUAACAUUAUUAGAUGCUCUAUAUGAAAUUUCAAUGGCAUGGAACAUGGUUAAGCCAGUUACUAUUAUCCGAGCAUGGAACAAAAUUUUCCCUGGCAAUGAAGAGAAAGAUGGUUUGGACUUUGAUGAAGAGGAAAUUUCAGCAGCUACUUUAGCCACCAUCUUACAGCAUACACAAGGAUGUGAAAAGGUGGACACUGAGAAUAUUGAACAGUGGUUUGAAGUGGACAGUACUGAACCAGGUUAUGAGGUGUUAACUGAUAGUGAAAUAAUCAGAAGAGCACAGGGCCAAACUGAUGAAUCAAGUGAAAAUGAGGAGGAGGAAAUAGAACUGAUCCCAGAGAGGAAUAUUAAUCAUGCAGCUGCUCUCAAGUGGACUGAAAAUUUAUUGGAUUAUCUAGAACAGCAAGGCGAUAUGAUUCUGCCUGACAAACUGGUAAUACGUAAGCUCCGGGCCACCAUAAGAAAUAAACAGAAGAUGACAAUGAAUCCAACUCAAUAACAGUAUUUUAAAAUUUCACCAUCUUGGUAAUUGUAUUUGUGACUAUUAGUCUAUUUGCAAUAUAGCUUAGUUUUCUUUAAGUGUUCCAAAUUCUCAGACAUAAAUUCAAAUGUAGAAAUGUAUUCCAAAGCCAUACAGAUUGUUUGGGGACUAUUUGUAUUAUUUUUCUUUUCCCUCUCCAUUUCUGCAGAUAAUCAGGAGCUGAUAUAUGAAUCUGUACACACACACACACACACACACACACACACACACACACACGCAAAACUUGUAUGUCUAUCACUUGUCCCAUUCCUUAUUUUUGACCAAGUGGCAUUUCCCUAAGUAUUAAUGGCAAGAUUCUACAAGUGAAAUAGUCACUGAGCACCUUGUUUACACCCAGAAUAAUUUUUUGCCUGAUUCAUGGGGCAGCCACAGUUGUCUUUCCUUUGUGCCAACUAUUGCUGCCAUCUUGAUCAAUUGUCUUAUUUAUUUAUUUAGAUUGUGAGGAUGAAGAAAAAUCUGUCAUAUAGUAUUAGAUCCAAAGUAAGUAAUAAUUAUAUUUAACAGUUAAUUCUCAAUUAUCCACAAUAAUAGGGGAAGGAGUGGUUGUGUGUGGAUUUUUUUUUUCUCAAGCUCAGAAAGUUGUAGUUAUUAUUCCCUCUAACAUUAAUGAAGGUGGCAGGAAGAAAGACUGUUCUGGAAAUGUGAACUGUCAGGAAAUUUUGGAUUACUUACUAUUAAACUGCUUGGGGAAAAUAGACUCUGAUAGAUGAGAAGAGAAAAAGAUUUUCUACCCCAUCCAUUUGUAGAUAAAUGAGAGUUAAGUAUAUUAUCUGAAAAUUUUGCUAAACCACUGGGUUCACAGUAAAUACAGGGUAUUGUAUAAAGGAAAACAAAUAGGCCUCUUUUCAGUGAGCCUGCCAAGCUGUAGAAAGGACAGGCUUUCAGUCCAAGAAUGCUUAUUAAACAUUCAUUGAGAUCAGAGCACAUGUCCCUACCCCCAGAGACCAUCUAUCAUUAUAGUUUUGGGGAACAUCAUCCUUCUAAUUGAAAAGCUGUCAAAAGGUCCCACUGGGGGACUUUGAGAUGCUAUCAGUGAUCAGAGUUGCAAAAAUUCUCUCCCCUCCUUUAUAAUACAGAAAUGAAGAAAACCUUUAAAUGAAAAGGUGAAAUUAGUAUUUUAAAUAAGCCAUAUGUUUACAUCCUAUUAAUGAAGAAAACAAGUUAAUUUGGAAAGUUCCAGACUAUAAGGAAUUUAAUUGCUCUGUGUGUGUUUUAAAGACUGAGGGAAGGGAUGUAUCUUUCUAUUGGUUUUUAAUUCGUAUCAAUCAGGAUUUUGCUAAGACUUUGCAUAUGGAACUCAGUAUGUUUAACUAAUAUUGCUGAAGCAUUCCAAUAUUGUAUGCAUAUUGUUUUAUGCAUAUUGUUUUAAGAAGUUUGUAAUUUGAAAUCAAAGUGUCUUUGUAUUGAAAUUGGUACUUCUUGGUUUAAUCCUAAUAUGGAUAUAAUUUUUAAAGAAUUGCCCUUCAAUUCAUUGAUCAUUAAGAAUAAUAUUUAGCUUUAUCAUCUACAUAUUUUUCAUCUUUAUAGUGCCUUUCUUAGACCUCUAAAAGCCUCUUACAGACAUUUCUAACUUUCCAUAAUUGCCAUUUGAAAUUUUCAUGUACCGUAUCUAGGAUUUAAAGUAGGCUCUAUAAUGAAAUAUUUGUUUUAAAAAUUAUAUCCGUUGCAUGAACGGCUUCAGGUCACAGGGACAAAUAACAGUAGUUUAAAAAAAUCUUUCAUGUAUCUGAAAUGAAAAGUCUAUACUAAAAAUCUCAGAAAUUUUGUCCAAGUUUGCCUAUGAUUUCUGACUUACCUUGUUAGUGAAAUCUAGCCUGUAUUAUUGCCACCUAGUGGUAAAUAAACAUUACUUUUAAGUGAUGUGAUUUUAAACUAUUGGUAUUAAAUAAGGGAUUCAUUUACGGUGUGACCAUUGCACCCUUGCCUGUUUUUAGCUAACUGCCAUCCCAUCUGAAAACUACCAUUAUUGGUAGCUUACCUUCUCUGGUCCAGUACUUUUAUCCAUUCUUAGAAAUAAAAGUAGUUUUCACUGGUCAACCUUUGAACUCACCUGUAGUCCUUCCCUGCCAUCCCACCUUCAGUCUUUACACCCUCUGCCACUUAGGCCUUCAAGGCUUCCUUGUAUAGGUUUUUGAUAGCACAUUUACCAUAUUUCUUAAACCCAGCCGCAAUACAAGGUAUUCCUUUUUCCCACAGCUCUGUGGUGACAACAAUUGAAAUAUAUUUGAACAUAUUUUACUGUCUUCUCUACAGCCUAAUAUUUCAAUAAUGACAGCCCUUCUAUCUCCAACUGUAUAUUCAAUCCAGCAGAGUAUCUGCUUAUUCACUUCCAAGUAGCCAUUGUAGUAAUAGUUUACAUUUAUGUAAUUCCUUAUAGUUACAAAGCACUUUCAUGUACCUUAAUCUUCU